CGCCUGCGCAGUGGCCGGGGCGCUGGUGUGAUCGAGCUCACGUAGCGAGGGCUGCAGUCGCCUCCUCCCCAGCGGCGCCGUCGCAGCCUAGAGGUUAUAAAAGGGCUAACUGGCUCCCUCUGCUGCCCAGUCGCGCCGCCAGCGGGCUGAGGGAAGGGUGCAGGUAUCCGGCCCGAGAGCAGACUACAGCGGACUGAAGAGCGCGCCGCCCCCCCCCCCGUGCCCACUCCCAGGUGUGUAAACCUGAAAAAUUAAGUUUUCCAAGAUGAUGUGGUAUAUUUUAAUUGUAGGGGUUCUACUUCCCCAGUCUUUUGCACAUCCAGGCUUCUUUACUUCAAUUGGUCAGAUGACUGAUUUGAUCCAUACUGAGAAAGAUCUGGUGACUUCUCUGAAAGAAUAUAUUAAGGCAGAAGAGGACAAAUUAGAACAAAUAAAAAAAUGGGCAGAGAAGUUAGAUCGACUAACCAGCACAGCAACAAAAGAUCCAGAAGGAUUUGUUGGGCACCCUGUAAAUGCAUUCAAAUUAAUGAAACGUCUGAACACUGAAUGGAGUGAGUUGGAGAAUCUGGUCCUUAAGGAUAUGUCAGAUGGCUUUAUCUCUAACCUAACCAUUCAGAGACAGUAUUUCCCUAAUGAUGAAGAUCAGGUUGGGGCAGCGAAAGCUCUGUUGCGACUACAGGACACCUACAAUUUGGAUACAGACACCAUCUCAAAGGGUAAUCUCCCAGGAGUAAAACACAAAUCUUUUCUAACAGUUGAAGACUGUUUUGAGUUGGGCAAAGUGGCCUAUACAGAAGCAGAUUAUUACCAUACAGAACUGUGGAUGGAACAAGCACUAAGGCAGCUGGAUGAUGGCGAGGUCUCUACCAUUGAUAAAGUCUCUGUUCUAGAUUAUUUGAGUUAUGCGGUAUACCAGCAGGGAGACCUGGAUAAGGCACUUUUGCUCACAAAGAAGCUUCUUGAACUUGAUCCUGAACACCAGAGAGCUAAUGGUAAUUUAAAAUAUUUUGAAUAUAUAAUGGCUAAAGAAAAAGAUGCUAACAAAUCUGCUUCAGAUGACCAAUCUGAUCAGAAAACCACACUGAAGAAAAAAGGGGCUGCUGUGGAUUACCUGCCAGAGAGACAGAAGUACGAAAUGCUGUGCCGUGGGGAGGGUAUCAAAAUGACUCCCCGGAGACAGAAAAAACUCUUUUGUCGUUACCAUGAUGGAAACCGGAAUCCGAAAUUCAUUCUGGCUCCAGCCAAACAGGAGGAUGAGUGGGACAAGCCUCGUAUUAUUCGCUUCCAUGAUAUUAUUUCUGAUGCAGAAAUUGAAAUUGUCAAAGAUCUAGCAAAACCAAGGCUGAGGCGAGCCACCAUUUCAAACCCAAUAACAGGAGACUUGGAGACGGUACAUUACAGAAUUAGCAAAAGUGCUUGGCUCUCUGGCUAUGAAAACCCUGUGGUGUCUCGAAUUAAUAUGAGAAUACAAGAUUUAACAGGACUGGAUGUUUCCACAGCAGAGGAAUUACAGGUAGCCAAUUAUGGAGUUGGAGGACAGUAUGAACCCCACUUUGAUUUUGCACGGAAAGAUGAACCAGAUGCUUUCAAAGAGCUGGGGACAGGAAACAGAAUUGCUACAUGGUUGUUUUAUAUGAGUGAUGUGUCAGCAGGAGGAGCCACUGUUUUUCCUGAAGUAGGAGCAAGUGUUUGGCCCAAAAAGGGUACAGCUGUUUUCUGGUAUAAUCUGUUUGCCAGUGGAGAAGGAGAUUAUAGUACACGGCAUGCAGCCUGUCCAGUGCUGGUUGGAAACAAAUGGGUAUCCAAUAAGUGGCUCCAUGAACGUGGACAAGAGUUUCGAAGACCGUGCACCUUAUCAGAAUUGGAAUGACAAAUAGGCUUCCUUUCUUCUCCUGUACUCUAAUGUGUCUGAUAUGCACAUUUCCCAGUCUUAACUUUCCAGAGUUUACAAUUGACUAACACUCCAUGAUUGAUUUCAGUCAUGAACCUCAUCUGAUGUUUCAUCUGUGGACAAUCACUAACUUUGUGGGGUUUUUUUCUUUUAAAAGUAACACUAAAUCACCAUAUUGUACAUAUAAACCUUUAAAGUUCAGUUGGUAUCACAGAGGAUAAAGCAAGGUAGACCUAAAAAGUGAGGAAUUUUUACACUUUUAUCUUAAAGAACUUCUCGGAUAAAGAAAACAGUUUAAGCAUCUGAUUAUAGUAUCUCACUAUAUCUCAGUAGGGAGUAGCUAGAAUGGGCCAUCUGAUUAAGGAACAGAAGCCUCACAGUAUGUACCUAGGUAUUAGGUUUACCUAGUCUUACUUUUCCGGAUCUACCUGAAGACUAGGAAUAAACUAGGCCUCUAAUCAGGGUUCCACUUGAUGUUUGCCCCAUAUGCUAUUCUGAGUUGAUUGUGGUGAAUUAAGUCUGUUUAAGUUAAAAUACUUUGAUUAAAAAUUUUUUAAAUACAGAUCCCUAUAUAACAGUGGGUCUUCUUAACUAAAAUGAUCAUUAGUCUCUUGCCCCCUUUUUUUAAAUGACUGAUGAGUUUGUCCAUAAAAUUUACUAUUUUUCUUAGUGCUAAUACCUUGCCUCUUAUUCCUGCUACAGCAGGUGGUGAUAUUGGCAUUCUGAUAAAAUAUUGUGCCUUAGGAGACUGGAAAUUUUAAAAUGUACAAGUCCUUUUAAUGAUGAGGGAAUUGAUAAAAAUUUUCUAAAAAGCCAAAAUGUUUUUUUCAAUUCUCAAAUGUGUUGUGACAACAAUGACCUAUUUAUGAUCUUAAAUCUUUUUUUAAAAAUG